CAUCGGCUCGUAUGUUACAGUCCAUUCAUAAUUCAAAGUCAGUGACUAUUCUCGGAAGGAAGAUUUGUGAUUUCAAAGACAUUAAUCUCCACGAUUAGAAACGGAUCCCUGGCAGGUCGAAGCGAUAGAGCUUUCCAAGUUGGAAUCUUUGGAUGUUUUCCCAUUGGCUUUCCUAUAUCCCACUUUCGGCGGGCUUGUGGGUGUCGCUCCAGGAACGAAGCCAGGGCUGAUCCCAUCACACUCAGCCAAUAGUUUGCUUGAGAACUAUCGCGUUCAUACCCCUUCAAUUUAUGUUGAACAGAUAGUCAGCCCCAUCAUAGUCUUCGGCCCCACGUUAUCCGAGACAGCUUCACAUGGAGAACAGGAUGACAAUACGAAACAACGCACACAUCUGUGAGACUGUUUGAACGGCAUUCAGAAAAUGGGUCACAGGACACAAGAUAAAGAGUUCAAACGCCGGUAUCGUACCGGCUGCUGGAAAUGUCGAGAAAAGAAAACAAGAUGCGAUGAACGAAAACCAAGUUGUACAGCUUGCCAAAAGUCUGUCAAGCCAUGCAUCUAUGGCAUAAAACUACUUUGGCAAGAUGAAGCCGAUUCAAGAGGAAUUGCAUUAGGUCGCUCAGGUACGAAUAGAAACUUGAAGAGGAAGCGUGGUUUUGGAAAAGACGUUUCCGGUGGAGGGCAGUUGCAACUCAGCCAAUCCGCUUCGGCCAAGACAAACUCUCAACUUCUUUCUGCCAGACCAGUCAAAGAAUGGAUGUUCCUCCAUACAGAAACCCGUGAUUUUGAAGACGAUGAUGGACGGACGAGAGUGAAAGACAUGAGUGAGACGAUUUCAUUUGUUUACUCUUCAGGGUCGCCGAGAGCUUCAUCACCUUUUCUUGACUCCGCAAAACCAUUCAGCAAUGAUGGAGUUCGGGCCUAUACGCCAAAUACUUCUAUCGAACAAAAAUAUUUUCAGAGCAGCAUUUCAAUUAGCUUUGAACAUCUGUCGAUGGCUUAUCCUGGGAACGUUACCGGACUCCCCUCUCCACCAAGUUCAAGGUUGCCCAAACCACUAUCUCCUGGGUCCUUUGUUUUUAGCGCAACUGAGGCAUAUUUGCUUGAUUACUUUCGGACUCAACUUGCCCAAUGGUGUCGGGGUUUCGGAGCCCGUAAUCCAUACCGCAACAUAAUUCUGCGACUGACAUUUGGAACCGGAUCUACCAUGCUGCUGCAUGCAGUACUGGCCGCUUCGGCAAAUCAACUACGGAUCCUGAAUGACUCUAGAUACAACGAGGAUGUUUGGGUAUAUCGCGGAAAAGCCCUGAAACUUCUGCAAAUGAGGAUUCAAGAUUGCAGGAUCCAGAAUGAUUGGUCGGGUUGGGAGGACAUCUUAGCAACGGUGCUCAUGCUGUGUUUCUUCGAUGUCUCGGAUAGAGGGACGUCCACAUGGAGAAGUCAUUUGGAUGUUGCUCGAAGCUUACGAUCUCUACCUCAAGUGACUUCAGCGAGGCUCUCAAUUGAUCAAGAAUCUCUCCUCGACUUCUUCUCAUGUUAUUUCGACUCGCAUGAGGCGUUGGCUAGCACGGCUGCCCAAUGUGGAUCUCGUGUAACAUCUUGGCUGACACCAGGGGUAAAUGUCCAAGACAUGAACAGCGAUGCUGGAGUUUCGCACGAACUUCUAUCACUGAUUUCCCAAAUAUCUGAUCUCGCGCAUGAAAAAGUCAACAUUAAAUCAUCUAGUAUACAAAGAUCUAUGUUAGACAAGAUCCAAUAUCGACGAGAUGCCAUCGAACGCCAGCUUCACAACCUCAGACAAAACAUUUCAGCUAAAAGUCGAGGAUCAGAUCACGGUCAUCCGCCUUCCCAAGAAGAGAUUACCAGCAUCGCUAACGCCAAACGGCUGGCUGCACUCUUAUAUCUCCAUUUUCGACUUGAUGGCUCUUCUCCAUAUCAACCUCACAUGGCACGUCUCACUUCCCAAAUUCUUGAACUUUUGCCAAAGAUCGGAGUCUGGAGUAACACCAUCCUAUGGCCAUUGUAUAUAGUAGGAGUGAUGGGUGUCCAGAGCGAGAGGGACGAGGAUAAAUUGGUUGUGCUGGAGAGAUUUGAAGACUUACAGCAGACCAGACAAUUGGGGAAUGUGAAGCGAGCGAGGAGAAUUGUGGAGAGUGUUUGGAGGCUGAGGGACAUUAGAGGCUCAGAUGGGGUAGGGUGGGAGGUGGUACAAGAUAUUGUGCUGAGAGAUGGUGGUGAGUUGAGCCUAAUGUGAUCGCGGAAUCUAUUUGGUUCGGAGUCUGGGUAUUGUACAAAAAAUUCGAUGCAGAUUAAAACCAUGAGAUUUGGUGUUCUAAUGGCAUUAUGUUUCGAUAGUCUGCAUUGAGCCUU